CAGCUCGUGCUACAAUGUAACAUAUACAUACUAAGAGAAUUCUAAUCCGUUCAAAGUAGUUCUAAGUAUCAAGCAGAUUUAUCCCAAAUUAUGAUGGUUAUGUUGGUAUUCGGUACUACGGAUCGCAACGGAUAACCUAUAGCUCAUGCUUCAAUCUUACCUACGUAAAUGAACUUAAGUCCGUUUACAGUAACACGUUUAUUUCAAAUUAUGAUGCCUGACAUUAUGUUUAUAUACGUAAUAUUCUUACAGUUAGAUUCUGCCGUUCAUUUAAAUGGAACUAACUUCAGCAAACCAUUAAAGUUGUAUACCGUAAUCGAACUGGUCGUCCCUGGGUUCCAUGGGCACGAUAAUCAAGUUAAUGAUAACGAACGUCAUGCAUUUCCUGCUGAUGAAAUAUAUUACAUAAUAUAGAAUUAACGUACAACACAACAAAAACAAAAGAGACUGCUGUGUACCCUAUCGUAAACGUAUCAUUCCUUUGCAUGUCGCGUGCAGUAUGCAAGUACAAGUGAAGUACAAUCACACAAGUCCAGGUCUUCGCCAGAAGUAAUUGUCACUGUAAUUUCAGUCAGUCUACAGAAAAGAGUUCGUGUUGUGCUAAGCCAUGUAUUGUAAAGAAAAACAAGCUCUCAUAUCAAAAGAAUUCUCGAGGCUGGAAGGUGUGUGCUACUUGGAUCACACAGGAGCCACACUGUAUGCAGAGAGUCAGAUCAAAGCCAUAGCUGAAGACCUGUGUCAGAAUAUGUAUGGAAACCCUCACUCCCUGAGCACUAGCAGCCGAUAUUCUACCGAUGUGAUAGACCAGAUGCGAUACAGGGUGCUGCAGCAUUUCAAUACGAGUCUGAAUGACUACAGUGUGAUCUUCACAUCUGGGGCCACACAUUCCCUCAAACUUGUGGCAGAGUCAUUUGAUUGGAUAGGCAGUACCACAAAGAAUGACAAGUUUGUAUCCAGUCAAAAUGGAUUUAAAGAAAAAGGAACCAAUGGCUGUAUACUAAAGACUGACUCAUAUUCUGAUGGUAGAAAUGCAGGAACAUUUAUGUAUUUGCAAGACAACCACACAUCUGUCCUUGGAAUGAGAGAACUGGCCAGAAAACAUGGAGCAGCUGUCUGUUGUCUCCCACAUGAGGAAGCUUUUCAGUGCUUAAUGCACUGUGGAUGCCCUGACUUAGAUGGAUCUUCAGUCUGCGAUGGAAAUUCUUUGUUUGUGUACCCAGCACAGUGUAAUUACUCAGGACUUAAGUACCCUCUCUCUUGGGUUUCUAAAGUGCAGAAUGGCUUGCUGAACUGCAAAACAGAGCACAAGAGACAGUCAAAAUGGUUUUGCCUACUGGAUGCUGCUUCAUUUGUUUCCACAAGUGUCUUGGAUCUCUCACAGGUUCAACCUGAUUUUGUGUGCUUGUCAUUCUACAAGGUUUUUGGUUAUCCGACAGGGCUAGGGGCCUUGUUGGUCAAGAAUUCAAGUGCCUUUGUCUUAGAGAGAUGUUACUUCGGGGGUGGCACUGUUCUUAUAUCACUUAGUUCACAAUGUGAACAUGUCCCUAGACCAGCAUUGAGUGACAGGUUUGAAGAUGGAACCAUACCAUUCCUCUCUAUUGCUGCACUGCAUCAUGGGUUCACUGUACUGAAACAACUGACAGGUGACAUGGCUAGUGUGAUGAAUCACACAUUUUCACUGGCUCGCUACCUUUUCCAGUUCCUUGUUAGACUUCACCAUUCAAAUGAAUCUCCUGCGACCAUCUUGUACUGUGACACAACUUAUGAAGAUGCUUCCACACAGGGAAAUAUUAUAAACUUCAACAUGCUUCGUCCUAAUGGAGAGUAUGUUGGCUUUAUAGAGGUACUGAAUGUUGCUAAUCUCAAUGGUAUUCAGCUGCGGACAGGUUGUUUCUGUAACCCUGGGGCCUGUCAGCGACACCUGAAACUAUCAGAUGAUGAUCUCAGGAGUCACUUUCAGGCAGGUCAUGUAUGUGGCGAUGAGAGAGAUCUGGUCAACGGACAACCUACUGGUUCAGUUCGGGUCUCUUUUGGUUACAUGACAACCAAGAGUGAUGUUGAUAAGCUAAUUAACAUGUUGACAUCAUACUUUGUACAAGGCCCCCCAGUCAGAAAACUGCCUGAAUGGUGGCCAGACUUCAAGCAGGCUUAUAUACAAAAAUACCAAUCUGUACUUCAAAAAUGUGAUGGACUUCUGAAUGUAGACAGAGUAAAGACUCCCGCUAUUGUAGAUGGAAGACCAAAAUUACAAAUAAAUGGAGAUGCUGAUGACAGUAAUUGCAUUUCAAAUUACUUACAGUUAAAUACAAUGCCUCAUGAAACAGUAGAUGGAAGCAGCAUCACAGUGACAGAUAUAUAUGUGUAUCCUGUCAAAUCGUGUGGAGGUAUGCGCACAGAUAGCUGGGUCACUGGAUCAAAAGGUCUCCUGUAUGACCGUGAGUGGAUGGUGGUGACUCCAGCUGGUGUCGGUCUCACUCAGAAGCGAGACCCAAAACUAUGCCUUAUUCAGCCUAGUAUAGAUCUUAACAGCGGGUUGCUAAUCCUGCGAUUCCCAGAAAUGCCACCAAUAUCUGUACCACUUGAUGUUACCAAAAACCACAAUGAUAGCAGAGUGGAAACUUCGCUGUGUCAGAGUAAAGUGUGUGGAGACAGGGUCCAGGGAUGGGAUUGUGGUGAUGAUGUAGCAUCAUGGCUAAGUGAUGCCCUAGGACGUCAAGGGUUGCGUCUGAUUCAGCAGUCAGUUUGUGACUCAAGAGUGAGCAAGGGGAAAAAUAAAUUGACGGCACAAGACAGUAAUGCAGAACCAGUUCUGUCACUGUCAAAUGAAGCACAGUUCCUUCUUGUGAACAGAAGCAGUGUUGAGUGGCUCAGCAACCAACUUGACAAGGAUCAGUGUGACUGCAAUAAGGAGACUUUACUGGAACGUUUCCGUAGCAACCUGGUCAUACAGGGCUUGAAACCAUUUGAAGAGAAUGAAUGGGCACACUUUCAGAUUGGGGAAGUGAAAUUCCAAUCAGAAGGCUCAUGUACACGCUGUCAGAUAGUCUGCAUUGAUCAGACAACUGGUGAGAAGACACGAGAACCUCUGAGAACACUUGCAGCAAUCUUUCAUGGCAAGACAAGAUUUGGAGUGUAUUUAAGUCAAGUAUCAAAAGGAAAUAUGAAUAUUUCAAUUGGAGAUAAAGUAAAUAUUCUCUGAACCUAAUGGAAUAUGCCAGUAAAAUCUAAAAGUUUGUGACGAUGGUACAUUAUUACAAAUACUAUGUUUCUAAACAUUAUCCAUCAUCCAGAAACAUAAUAUUUGGAAUAAUGUCAGGUAGUCAUAAAAUCAGAGAUGGGUUUCCUGCCUUUCAGACUCAGUAGACAGAUUUCAUAUUGUCGUUAGAAAUUGUAAUGGAUGCACUGAAGCAUUCUUAAAGGCAAGAGUGGUAAGAUGGAUAUUUAUGUCUUUUGUUCCCAAAAAUGGGUACAUUCUUUAUAGUUCUUCAGAAAGGCUUACUGUAAAAAUAUUUUUAUUAUUAUGUUUUUAUAUUUUGUUAGUGAACUGCAUUACAGUGGGCUUCUCUGGUGCUAUUUGAUGAACUAAUGAACAGCCAUUCUUCCCAAUAAUCAAACACUCAAAACUUCUACUUAGUGAAGAGUCCCCUGAAAGUAUGGUUUAUCUGAUAUUUAAUCUAAAAACUUCAUGAAAGAUUCAAGUUAUAUAACUAUUCCCUGCUCUAACCUGAACAAAAUGCACUAUUCUUAGUAAGUUAGAGCUUCUGUGUUUGAUCUUUGCAAAGAAAUUGGUACUUAAACAUACAUUUAAAUGAGUGCCUUAUAAAUACAACUGUAUAAAAUCUUUUGUACAUUUGUGCACAUCACAGUGUGAAAGGUAAUCUCCAGGCUCAUUUUACUGAUGCCUGUGAAUAAAAUGUUUUCUUAUUAAAGACAAAAAAAAAUACUUGCAAGUUAUGCGUAAAUACAAUUGAAAUGUACCAACAUGUGAGAUGUGAUGCUAUAUACUCUGGUAGAAGUGUAUCACUGUUCCUCUGAAACGUUGGUAAUCUUCUACCAGACUACACAGUGUCACAGCCCACAAGACAAUGUUCUCCAUAGUCAACAUUAUGAGACCCCAGAUCUUACAAUGUGCAGGAUUAAUUCUGACCUAACAGACGCAAUUCAGCUGUGAGGGAUGUACAAGAACAUGAAAGAAUUUUAUGUUGUUUUAAUUUGCCUAAUGUAAAAGUCCAAGUACCCUGGACGUAAAGUUUUAAAUGCAGAUGUUGAGUUAGACUGGGCUUAUAUGAGGGUUUGAAAGAAAGAACACAUUCUUCCAAAUGCAAAAUAUACUGUAACCUUAUAAAAGGUUAAUCAACUCCAUCCAGUGUGACUGAUAAAAUGUUUCUUUUUUCUUUCCUUUUUAAUCUUUCACC